AUGUCCUGUAAUAAUAGUCACAUAAUCAGUCAGAACAAUGUAAAGAGCGAACCAUCUGUUUCAACUUGCUUACCGGAUAGGAAGACUUCAAGUUUGGACCACAGUGAACCAUCUGUACCAACUAAGUUAGCAUACGUUGAUUUUCGUCCAUGGUUUAAAGGAUGGGAUCAACUUGACGUAAGUGAUCAGGACAAAUUGAAGGAUCUGGUAAUAUUUAAUUCUACUCAUCAAAUAGACCAAUAUCCAAAUAUCUAA